AUGGCGACUUUGAAUGACCCGGAUGUAGCCAAGGAUGACGAGGUUCCGGAAUCAUUGCCUCCUAGCGAGAUUUCUUCCUUGCCAAAACCUAAGAAAAGAUUCAGUCUAAAGCCGGAAGAUGGCGCAAAACCAUCAAGGAACCUGAACGAAGAGGAGUUGGCAGAAAUCCGACGAUCGUUUACGAUCAUAGACGAGAAUGGUGAUGGUAAGAUAACUCUGGAGGAACUACAGAACGCCGCAUACUGUCUGGGGAUGAACCCGACGGAGGAAGAGGCGCGGGAAAUGCUUGAAGAAGCUGACCUGGACGGUGAUGGCUGUAUUGAUUUCGAAGAAUACAAGAAUUUAAUGAUGUUCAACUAUAUUUCCAUUGACAUGGAAAAAGAGAGUAUGAUCACGGCCUUUCAGGCGCUUGACAAGAACGGAGAUGGCUUUAUCUCAAUAGACGAACUCAAGAAGGCGCUUAUGUUCAAGGACCCGUCUACACUAUAUCCGGGCAAGGACGAUGACGCAUGGGUCUCCCUACUCUUAGAAGCCGACGAAAACGGUGACGGAAUGAUAGACUACGUUGAAUUUGUGUCAUCGAAACUGUGUUCGAAGGUAUUUUAA